CCCUCUCCGGAGGGAUGUGUGUGAUCAGGGAGUGGAAACAAAUAUGUCCUUAUUUUCAAUGCCCCCUUUGAAAGAGACAAAGUAAACGCUCCUUGCAAAAUGUUCCUGACCUGCGAAGGGACCUUCGGAAUUGUUCCAGCCACCAUGGAUUACAAUGGGGAAGCCAGGCCGGGGGAUUUUCAUGCCGGCUAUCAAGAAAUCGAAGGGAUAAACUUGGGAUACUUACAGAUCAAUGGCACCCAGAUGUUUGCUUUGGCCCAGGUCCUCAGCGACCUGUUUAAGGAUAUCCCCAGGACCACCAUCAGCAAGAAGAUGGAAACCUUAAAGAUCAAGAGCCGGCGCUGCGAUCUUAAAGAGCUCCGGACCCUCAAGGCCAUCAACUCGGUGCCCACCCGCGCGGUGAAAUGUUCGCUCAUCUCCAAGGCGGACCUGGAGGCUCUCUGCACCUCCUGCAAGAGCCUCAGCCCCCGCCGGAGGAAGAGGAAGAGGAAGAGCAAGAGGAGGGAGCAGCUGCUGCUGCCGGCCCCGGGGGAGCUGUUCCCCUGCCCCCGGCCCCCGCUGCUGCCGCCCUGCAGAGCCGGCGGCUGCUGCGGCCCCGCCGCCCCCGGCCGCCCCCGGCCGCCCCCCGCCUUCCCCGGCCCGCAGCCCUUCCACAGGGCCUUCCCGGCCCGGGGGGGCCGCGGGCUGGCGGGUCGGGGGGGUCUCUUCUCCGGGGUGCUGGCCGGGUACCCCCGCGACCUGGCCCUCCUGCAUCCCGCGGCCGCGCAUCCCGCCGCGCUCCCGGCCGCGCUCGCCCCCGCGGGCCGGCGCAAGCGGGGGCCCUGCUGCGCCAAGGGGCUCUUCCCGCCGGAGAAGGGGCCCGCGGCCGCCAGGAAGGGCCGCUCCUCCGGUUUUCCCGGCUCCAAGCGCCAGGGCACCUCCGCCGGCUACUCCAGCGACUCGGACUCCAGCCUGGACUUCGCCGGGUCCAGCCCCGCCACCUCCAGCGACUCGUCGGAGGAGGAGGAGGAGGAGGAAGAGGAGGAGGAGGAAGGGGACAGCUCGUGCAGCAGCGAGGAAGGCAGCUCCUCGGAGUCGGAGAGCAGCUCGCUGUGCAGCGGGGACUCGGUGCAGAGCACCCGGUACAGGCAGGCGGCUCUGCCGCGCUUCCCGCCGCAGCCCCCCCGGGAGCCCCUCGGGGAGGAGCGCCCGGCCGAGCCCCCCCCGAGCGUGGGCAAAGCCCUGCGCCCCGACCCCGACCUCCUCUUCCUCUCGCAGCAGCUCUGGGCCAGGACUUUGCGAGCGUCAACUUUGGAAAGUUUGAGCCCGGCUCCAGCCCUGGGCUCGGGGGCUCAGGCGCAGCCGGGGCUGUACGCGAAGCAGGAGGCCUCCCCUUCCUCCUCCUCUUCCUCCUCCUCCUCCUCCUCCUCCUCCUCCCCCCCUCCCUCCCCGAGCGGCACCCCCGAGGGGGACCCGCAACAAAAGGAGGGAGGCUUUGGGGACGCGGAGCCCUGCGCCAAAGGGAAGGAUUUGCACAAAGAUGCCUCGAACAAUAGAGCCUCGUUAGAACGGGCCGAGCGGCAAAGCGGAGCCUUAACCGGGCCGGCGCCUUCCCCGGAGGAGGCCCCGCAGCCCCCGGAGCUGGGGGGGAGCCCCGGCCCCGCGCCCCCCGGGGAGGAGGGGGAGCCCCGGCGGGAGCACUUUGACCGGCUGAUCCGGCAAUCCAAGCUGUGGUGUUACGCCAAAGGGUUCAACCUGGACGGGAAAAGUUUGCGGCACGGAGGGAGGCCGGAGCCCUGGAAAGGCGCGGAGCUCAAAUCCCCCGGCUCCAAAAGAGCAGAGAGCCCCAGCACCUUGUCAUCCAGAGCUUUGAGAGGCAAUGGCUCGGAAAGGAAUGCCAAGCGCAGACGCCUCGCCAGAGGCGCUGAGGCAGAAAGGCAACAGAGCUCCUCCAAAGGGAGGCCACAAAAGACUCCGAGGAGGAAUGCCAAAAAGGGAAACACUCCCUGCAAACGCCUCGGCAGCGCCGGGCCAACCCCGCCUCGGAAUUCCUUCAGCCUCAUGGGCAACUUCCCCUGUAUUCCCUCCCUGGUCGUGGGGGAAGAUGGGGACCUGUGUCCUGCCUCCUCCCUCGGGGGCAAAAACUCCUGGGCUCUCUCCAAAACUCACCCGCUGUGGAGCUGGCACCUGGGGGGCAACGCCAUCCCCGUGCCCCCCAGCCUCAAAUUCCGGGGCUAUAGCUUGGAGGAUCUCUAAGGACAGCGGACAGCCCGGAGGAAAGGUUUACGUGCAACAGAGGAGAGCGGGAGGGGCCCCGGGGCGGGGGGGCGG